UUGCUCUUGUUAAUAGGGAAUAAAACUCUCUCACCAGCCAAGAGUCCAUGUAUGACGCAUAUGCCGAGAGGGACAACAUUCCCCUCACUACUGCCUACGAUAAGAAGCAGCGGCGGCGUUCCCGUGAGCAUGAAGGGUAUGUGAGCAGUAGCUACACGGCAGAUCAAGCCUACAGUGGUUCACAAGCAUCACCACCACACAGAGAGUACAUUAACACUACAGACUGGGCAGACUACCCUCCAAGCGGCGGGCCCCCACGUUACACCAGUCAGCCCAGCCUCUCCCCAGAGUACGAGAGACCGCCUCCAUAUUAUUAUCCCGGGCCUGGGUAA